AUGGGUGCAUUGCCUGCAAGCCGAGUUACAGCAUCGUACCCGUUUGAAACUACAGGUGUAGACUACUGUGGUCCCCUAUCAGUUACUCAAAGAAUUAGAGGCCGUUCACCAAUUAAGGUGUACAUCGCAGUUUUUAUCUGCUUCACUACAAAGGCUGUGCAUUUGGAGAUUGCUCCUGACCUGACGACCGCCGCUUUCAUCGCGACACUCAAGCGUUUUAUAGCUAGGCGUGGAAAGUGUCGCGUUAUUGUCUCAGACAACGCAACAAAUUUCAUUGGAGCAAACCGAGAGUUACGGGAACUGCUUCAGUCAUUUAAAGCACAAGCACACAUAGAACGCGUGGAGGAUUUCUGCAGAAACGAAGGGAUCGAAUGGAAAUUUAUUCCACCAAGGUCACCACACUUUGGUGGCCUGUGGGAGAGCGCGGUGAAACUUGCCAAAUACCAUUUGCGUCGCGCUAUCGGCAUCAACGUGCUAUCACACGACGAACUCCACACCGUCAUCUGCCAAGCAGAGGCAAUAAUAAACAGUCGACCGCUAACUCCAAUAUCCAGUGACCCUAAUGAUCUUCGCCCACUUACGCCGGGUCACUUCCUCAUCGGCCGAUCUCUUCUCACCAUUCCUGAACCAUCAACAACUGCCAGCUCAACUAUGUUAGGCCGCUAUCAACACGUCCAAUAUAUUCAACAGCAGUUCUGGCAUCGUUGGCAGCAAGAUUAUCUAAAGGAGCUACAAAAACGUUCGAAGUGGAACACUGCUUCACCCAAUAUUGAAGUAAAUGACCUAGUGCUACUAAAGUAG